CUUCAUCUAUAAAUAUAGUCGCUGUAUUUCCACAAAGAAUCACACAAACAAGAUUGAAGCCUUUUGCAUAAUUUCCACUUUCCAAUUUCGGUGAUCAUGGCCUUCAAUCUUCCGAGGUUCAUCGCCAUUAGAACAACUACUUUUCCUGGUCAUGGGCAUUUAUACUACAACGAAAGUGGAAGUUCAGUAAGUCUUGGGGAAAGUAGUGUGUUCAGCACGCUCGUGAAGAUUGAAGUCGAAAGAGCAACAAGCAACGCCAACUUCGUUCACCUCCGAUUCUGUCAUUCCAACAGGUAUUGGUCGAGGAGAGCAAACAGCAACGUCAUUAUUGCUGAAUUGAACAAACCCGUGGAAGACACAAAGGAUCCUUCAUGCACGUUGUUUCAGCCGCUUCAGGUGAGUGGUCAGCCGGCAGGUGUGUUUUUCUUUAAUCAUGUUCCGACCGGUGGGCGUCUAUGGGUAGAUGAUAUGGCGAACUGGGGCGUUUUCGUGUGGGAAAACCCCCCGGCUUGGCCUGGUCACCUAACCUUUGUGGAUUGGAGUACAUUGGUGAAACUGCCUGGCCACGUGGCUUUCAGAGGGGAUAACAACAGGUACCUUAGAGGAGUGUCCCAGGAUGGGUUAAACUACCUGCAGUUCUCAUCCAAUGAUGCUAAUGAGUUGGCAUCCAGCCAUCGCGUGUUGUUGAUGUCCGGAGGACAACUCCGGAUAACGUCUGAUCACUGGGGGGGCCGGUUCUGGAGGCGCAGUCCUAACUGGAUAUGGGCCGAUGCCACUGAUCAGUCUUCUUUGUUUAGCAGCGACGCUCAAUUCUGGCCGGUCAGAGUAAACAACACCACCAUUGGACUCCGCAAUGAGGGCAAUGGCCAAUUUUGUUCACGUCUGACCGCGCAAGGGAAGACCAGCAUGUUAAAUGCGGCCGUCCGCACCAUCACCACAGAAGCAAGACUGGUGGUGCAAGAGCUCGUGUCCCAAAGAAACAUCUACAACGUCAGAUAUCGGAUGGAGAACGCCAGGAUAUUCAACGAGAUGCCUUUUCUCGCAGGCUCAUCCGUGGUUACUAACACGACCGACCAGGAGGCUACGAGCCUUGUUGAGAUUACGUAUCAAGACGAGAGAUCUUAUAGUUUUAGCCGUAGCCUGUCUCUAACUGCAGGGGUGGAAACCAGAAUCAGGACUGGCGUUCCCUUCAUUGUGGAAGGAGAGAUCACCAUGUCAUUUGAGAUAAACACCACUCUCCAGUGGGACACCGCCACAACUACUACCAGAUCAGUUAUGGGUUCGGGCUCUGUUCCCGUACCUGCGAGGACUACGGCUAGGAUUGAUUAUGUCGGGACUAGGGGCACUUGCGAUAUUCCUUUUUCCUACACGCAGCAAGACACGAACUCCACCAAUGGCCAGAUUUCUCACACUGACCAGAUUGAUGGUAUUUACAAAGGCGUCAGUUGUUACAACUUCAACUUUGUUAUCAGAUCCACUCAGCGCCUCGCCUGAGCAUCAAUAACCGUCAUCAACUUUAUUUCUUAUAUGUAAGCUACCUUCAUUGGUUUUUGUCAUCAAUUUUAUUUCCCAAUCAAUAAGGUAGCUUCAGAGCUACAAUUGGAUUGUGUCA